CCAAUGAACUCUAUUGGACUAGUUCGUUCCGGAACAACACGAAAAUAAAGAUAAAGGAAUAAGUUUACGAUUAUAUUAUUAAUAAAACGACAAAAAUACAUAGUUAAAUUAUUUUAUUAUAUUAGCAACGUAUACGACAUCGAGGGCGACAUUUUUUCGUGCAAGUGCGGAAUCGUGAAUGUUGGUGAUUAUGCAGUAAACGAGAAUAUAAUGGGCUGCGCCAAAAGCAGGAACCAACAAGUUCCAUAUAAAAAGUAACAUACGCUGUUGAAUUAAUAUAGACAAAACAAUAAUAAUUGAAAAAAAAAGAAAAUAAUAAUAAAAGAACCACAGCACACAUACAUAUAUGGUAGAUGGGAUAGACAAAAUAUGCAAACAAAAAGCAAAAACAAAAUCACCGUACGUCACGUCAUUGCUAGAGGCACAAGUAACAAGUAAUAAUAAUGGCUGGUGGAAAAAGAAAACAAUAACACAACUGUUGCCGCCCGAUUUCUACACUACUAACUCUAGGACCUAUUAGGAUCAUUCGUGUAGAUGCAUUGGCAUUUCUAUAUUUAUAAUAAAAGUUCGAACUUUGCACUGUGCCUGUUACAUUAAUUUGUUGUUUUUGGUGGCAUUACGAAGGCAACUAACCGCGGCAGCAGCAGAUUUUUAUUAUCAUCCAUCCAUCCACAGCUCCAUAUACAAAUUUGCUAGAUACUACUAUUCCCCCUCCGUCGUUCACAUCGUUUAGCGAUGUGUAUAGAUAUUGUUUAUAUGUAUGCUUGCAUGUAUGCACAUAUCGCAGGGGGAAAAUAUUAACUCUUUGCCCACUCUCCGCACACUUCAAUUGAUCAUCAUUGUUGAGGCGUUGUUCGGUUCAUUCAUUCAAUAAUGUAUUAUGUGAUGUGUCUUUCGUCUUUAAAAAAGCAUUUUGUAUUUAGUUGUUGGACGUUUAACUAGUGUUUGCACGUACAAAUAAAAGUGGACAACACAUUUUACUUGGAUGGUGACGGUAUCGCUUGGUAGUGGUGCUAGUGGUGGUGUUGCAUCAUAGAAAAGGUACUGGAUCUUCCCCCCUCUUCUUGUCGUUGCGCACCUAUAUCUAUAUUAUAUACUAUAUAUUUAGACUUUAUAUUGCAUACAUACAUACCACCUUCUCCUCCCUUCUUCUCUGCAUCAUAAAAACUAUAUGAUUGUUAAUAGCAAAUUAUUAACAUUUUAAAACUUAAAUUAUUAGAAUGGACACUAGUUCUACAACAGCAGCCAAACUGGGUAACGCAGAAGGUAGUCAAAAACAACAAAAGCAACAGAAUACGGAUAAAAACAAUCCCGAUACAAAAGACAUUUCACCAAUGAAAUCAACAACGGCAACAGAAAACAGUAGCACUGUAUCGCCAAGCUCAUAUUCAACACCAAAUAAACCAAAUGAGCGCAACUCGACCUCAAAGGGGGGAGGAGGAGGACCGGGAAAGUCCUCCACCUCUAUGGCCAUGCAGAAAUACAAUCCAAAUAUGCGUUUCAUACUGCAACAAGUUGAGACACCGGCUCGUAAUAUGCCCACUAAUUAUUUGGAAGUGGAAACCGAAUUCCCACGUGACUAUGAUGACAAUAUCGAAAUGUUAUCCCGCGAAACGGAACAUUUGGAAGAACAAUUUCGCACACCGACACGCACAAGUGGUACAGAUCUAAGUAGCACACAAUUAUCGGCAAGUACAACUUGCGCACGACCCACAAACAGUAAGACUGCUCCAAUUGCCAAAACAAAUCAUAAGGUAACUUCGCUCACCGAAACCGAUCAUUCGAACGUAUCGUUUACGAGCGAAAAGCAGGAGGUAAAAACUCCGGGAUUGGGUGGCAAUAAAAGUGCAAAACGGGUUGGCUUUAAGGUAGAGGAAAAAAUCGAGAAACAAGUUGCCGAGUGCAGCGUUGUUCCAAAAGGCACAUCUGAAUUGACAAGUAUUGAAGGUGGUCAAAGUAAAACGCCAAAAUCUGAUGUUAUUACGCCUAGUGAUGUGGUUGAAACGGCAGUUGUGGCAGAGGAACAGGCCUUAUUGACAACAGAAUCGCAAUCGCAAAAUGAUGAACAAAAACCUAGCACUGAAGUUCCUAAAAUAUCCACAUCCUUGGCGCCAGUUGUGGCCGCCCUUGCGCCCACCUCUUCUUCAGCUAUACAAGACGAUGAUGACGAGCCUGUGGGCGUAUCGCCAUGUGGUCGUUUCUUUAAAUACGACAAAGAAGUUGGACGUGGUAGUUUCAAGACAGUAUAUCGAGGUUUAGACACCGAAACUGGAGUGGCUGUGGCCUGGUGUGAAUUGUUGGACAAACAAGUAAAGAAAAGUGAGAGGAAACGUUUCCGGGAGGAGGCAGAUAUGUUGAAAAAGCUUCAACAUCCAAACAUUGUACGUUUCUACACCUAUUGGGAAUUUGGUGUGGCGCGUAAAAAGAACAUUGUAUUGGUCACAGAACUAAUGUUAUCCGGAACACUGAAGUCCUAUUUGAAACGUUUCAAGAAAAUAAAUCCUAAAGUAUUGAAAUCGUGGUGUCGUCAAAUUCUUAAGGGUUUACACUUCCUGCACACCCGCCCCCUGCCCAUCAUACAUCGUGACUUGAAGUGUGAUAACAUUUUCAUAACCGGCACCACGGGCAGUGUAAAAAUUGGCGAUUUGGGAUUGGCCACUUUGAAAAAUCGUUCACAUGCCCGAUCUGUCAUAGGCACACCUGAAUUUAUGGCCCCUGAAAUGUACGAGGAACACUAUGAUGAAUCGGUUGAUGUGUAUGCCUUUGGCAUGUGCAUGUUGGAGAUGGCUGUAUCCGAGUAUCCUUAUAGUGAAUGUAAGGGCCCAGCCCAGAUCUAUAAGAAAGUAAUAUCCGGCAUUAAGCCUGCGGCCUUGAGUAAAGUGGAAGAUCCCAAGGUAAGGGAGAUUAUCGAAAAAUGCAUAGAACUGAGAAAAGAGGAUCGACCGAAAUGCAAAGAUUUGUUGAACUCCGAAUUCUUUGAAGAAGACAUUGGGAUACGUGUUGAACCCACAUCCACCGAGGCCUUUCUCAAUAAUCCCGACAACAAUGUUGUUGAGUUCCGUUUGCGUUUUUUGGAUCCGAAAAAACGAUCCUCCAAACACAAAGAAAACGAAGCCAUACAAUUCGAAUUUGACAUUAAAAACGAUGACUGUGAAAAAGUCUGCAAUGAUAUGAUGCAGGAAAAUAUCAUUACCGAGGAAGAUGCUCGAGCCAUUGUCCGUUUGCUAAAGGUUCAAGUGUUUUCACUGAUUAAGGAACGUGCCCAACGUCAGACACAAUUUCAACUGCAGAAUGAAAAAUCGCGUUUGGAAAAGAUUGCUUUGCAAAAACAACGGGAAAUGCUACCAGCUAAUGUGGAGGAAGAGGAGGAGGAAGAUGAAGUCGAGUCGGAAGAAGAUGAAGAUGGUACCAAAUCAGGAAGACAUCAUCAUCAGCACCAGCAGCAGCAACCGCUUCAGCUAAUCGUGCCCACAAUGCAACUACAAAUGGAUGACACCAAUCAGCAGCAGGGACAGCAUCAACAACAAAACUAUGUACAAUAUGAAGAUCAGAUGCAACAUCAGCAGCAGCAGCAAGGUAUGUCCCCAACAACAUUGGUAUCCCAACCACCACAAUUUUAUACGCCACAAAAUCCAGCCCAAAUGUCAUUGGCCUCAUCGCUAAAUGCCAUAUUGCAGCAGCCAUCCAAUCAGCAUUACAGUCAGACAUCAAAUCAACAGCAGGCGACGCAACAGGAUUAUUUAGUACAACAGCAGCAACAACAGCAUCAGAUGCAAGUGCAGCCUCAAAAUGCCCAAAUGCAACAGCAGCAGCAGCAGCAACAACAACAAUAUCCUAUGCAAUAUACUAUGCCAACACAACAACAGCAGUACACAAUGCAAAACCAACAAAUAAUGCAACCACAGCAACAACAAACCUAUUCACACCAGGACCUCAAUUGUCAAGCAGCACCUACGACAAAUUCUACAACAAAUAUGGCCACAUAUGACCAACAACAACAACAGCAGUCCAUGCAAAUGCAAGAGUACCAACACAACAUGCCUCAGCAGGAGCAAACAACGCAACAGAUUCCAGGUCAAAGUUCCUCAACAAAUAUCAUUUAUGAACAACAGCCGCAGCCAACACAAAUACAAGACUAUGUUCAACAACAGCAACAACAGAUUCAAAACGCUUACGACGUCAACCAACAGCAGCAACAACACAAUAUGAAUGCUACCCAAACCAUAUAUGAAAAUGGUACCAAUUCUUGCCAACAACCACAGCAGCAACAACAACAACAACUACACCAACAGCAGAUGCAUGGCGAACACCAGCAACAUCAAUUCCUUUUAAAUGGUCAUUCCCUUAACAAUGAUGUUCAACAACAACAGCAGCAGCAGCAAAUACCCCAAGUAAAUAUAACAGGUGUGGAGAACAACAAUAACAGUAACAACAACAACGGUGGUCAAAUGGAACAACAAUACAUCACAAAUCAUAUGGAAUCCAAUUCCCAUGAUUAUCUCAUGACAAAUCCCACAGCUCCAUCCGAUGAUGGUUUGAUGGAUGCCGGCUAUAUGCAACAGGGUCACGAUACCAGCGGCCACAGUAAUGUAUCGUCUACACCAGUAACAUCAUCGACACCCACAACAAGCUCCUCGUGUGAUGAUCACAAACGAUCACAACACAAUCACCCGGAUUCAUCGCGCAAGACAAGUACAGCCUCAGAAUAUACAUCACUUUCGGAUUAUUCACCCGAUAGUACAAUAACCAUGAAUUCCGCUGGAUAUCCCUCGGGUAGGAAUUCAAGUCAAUAUUUUGAUAUGAAUGAGAAUGGUCCAACAACGACUGUGGAAAAUAUACAUGAAAGAAGAAAGGAUGAUAGUGGCAUAGGAAGUAUAAAAAAUGGUAUUAUUACGGAAAAGGUAUCACCGCCACGAGAACAGCCGAAUAAUGGUGGUAACCAAAAUGAAAACAACAACAAUAACAGUGUUAAUAAUAACAGCAACAACAACGCAAAUUCGAAUAAUCCCGCACCAAUGGUAAGAAAAAUAUCAAGAUUUUAUGUAAAUCCUGUGAUAUUACCAAAUAAUAGCGUGGCUGUGGUGGCUACACCGCCGCCGACAGUGGCUGCUGGCACAACAACAGCCAACAACAUAGAACCAAUACCAGAACAAAAUGAUAAUGAAAAUUCAAAUAAUCAGGCUACGACGACAGCAGGUGCUGAAAAUGGCCCAGAAACGUCUAACAACAACACGACAUCAUCGACAACAACAAAUGGUAAUACCAACAACUCGUUGGAACAAUUAAAAAUUGAACUGGAAAAUAUUACCCAUGCCCAAGCUUUUGCCUCGGCCAUUGUGGCGUCCAUUAAUAAUGAGAAUAUACAACAACAGCAACAGUCAAACUCUUGUCUGAGUCAAACUGAGGAGGAUAGCUCAACGGCUCCGCUAAGCUCAACACGUACCUCUUCCACCUACAAUUCAAGACGUACAUCUCUGGACAAUAGUGGCUGUAAUGAAUUGCAGAAUGUUUUGACAAAUAUCAUAGAAGCUGAUAGUGAUAAUGGAACGCCACAACAGGAAAGCCAACAGACUCAACAAAUACCGAAUACAGCUGAGCCAUCUGUCCAGAAGAAUUCAAAUAUCAAUGGUGUAACAAAUGUUUUGCAACAAUUGCCAGCUUGUGGUAGUGUUGAUUCAACUAUUACCUCAAAUACAACGCAUGCAAAAACUGGUGGCCUUACACCAAAUUCAAUUGCCGAUUUGGAAAAGAAAUUGGCGGCUUUGAGAAAUACUGAAACUGGUGAGGAAGCCCAGCAGCAAACACAAUCCUCGACAGCGUCAACUACCACGGCAGCCGUAACGGAACCUGUAACAACAGUUGCUCAGAAGGCCAUGGAAAAAGACCCCGGCUCACGGAAGGUAUCACGGUUCUGUGUUAGUCGUGUCCAGGAACAGAAAUCCAUUGAACAGCAACAAAAUAAAGACAUCAAUAAGGUAGCAAACGCCCCAGCAACAGAAGUUACCCAGCCUCGACAGGAUGCACCUCCAGUUUUACAACAACAACAACCACCACAAACAAAGCCCCCUGAAAAUCCUAAACCAAAACGAAAAUCCAAUGAUGCGUCCAUUGAACAUUUAUUGCCCGCCAUGAAUUACCAACAUCAAAUGGCUUUGGCUGCUGCGGCAAAACCACCAACUGCGGCAGCGGUCGUUUUACCAUUGCAAGAGGCGACGGUGCCGGCACCAGCACAAGUGGUCUACAACCAACCACCCAACCAUGUUACUGUACAAUUGCAGCAACACAUACAACAACAAAUCCAAAGGAACGCAGCCAUACAACAGAUACAAAAUGCGGCAGCCGUGGCUGCUGCCGCCACGGGACAAAUGUUGAUGCCAACAAAUUUGCCAUUGGCCACAAUUCAGCAGCCUAUGUUGGCUGCAGCAGCAAAACCAGCAAUUUUGCAAACUGUUCCACAACAACAGCCACAGCAGCAGCCGCCACAACAACAACAGCAGGUUGCUUUACAGCAGCUGAUGGUACAAAAUAUGCAAGUCGAUAAACAACUGCAACAGCAGCAGCAACAACAACAGCAAAUCCAACAACAUCAGCAGCAACAAUUCCUUAAUAAUCAAGUUAUACAGGCCCAACAACAUCAACCCGUUCAGCAACAACAACUGACCAUGCCCUUUUUAACAGCACCCCUUCCCCCACAGCAAACACAAAACAAUGUUUUGCAUUCGUAUCAAUACACGAAUGGUCCAAUGGCCUCCACUGCGGUUGUACCCCAUAUGGGCAAUGAAUUAGUGGAGGCCAAUCAAGCAGCUCGUUUGCCGGCAAUACCCCAACAAGAAGAACCAAUGUCUCUGGCCGCCACACAUCCCAAUCUAUUGCCAACCGUUAUCCAAUCGGAUAUAAAACAUAACCUCGACUCCCUGGUAAGUCAAUUGUGCAACUUACGUUUGGGAACGAAUCAACAUCAACGUUUGCUGUUGCUGCGCCAACGUCAACUCAUCGAAGAAGAUGAGCUGCGCUUGAAACACUAUGUGGAGUAUGAAAAGUUCCAAAAGGCUUUAAGGCAGGCCAAUGAUGUACAUACAGCUCAACAACAGUAUCUUUACAUACAACCCACCACAAUUAACCAGCAGGGUUAUUUAAAUUUUGGUAAUGGUCUCGUUCCAUCUUUGAAUCAUACUCCCAAUGCUGCUCCUGGGGUACAAGCGGUACCCCAGCAACAACAAAUCAUAAGUGCCAAUACCCAGACCACGGCCGUUUCGGCUUCUGUGCAGGGAUAUGCUGUAAUGUUGAAUCCACAAAUAAAUAUGCAACCAUCACAACAACAACAACAGCAGCAGCAAGCGACAGCAACUGCUAUUCAAAUGCAAACAACAAAAAUGCAACAAAUACACCACCAACAACAAUUUGUGCCACAACAGACCACCACCAACACCGAUUUAACGCUAAUCAAUCAACCUAUGCAACAAUUGCCGCAGUUGCAGCCACAACCCCAACACCAACCAAUUCAACAGCAGCAACAAUUCCAUCAACAGUUGCAACAACAUCAGCAACAACAGCAACACAUACAUCAACAACAACAGCAACAGUUACAUCACCAACAACAAUUGCAACAGCAGCAGCAUCAACAUCAGCAACAACAACUGCACCAACAACAACAAUUGCUGCUGCAACAACAGCAACAGCUCAAUCAUCUUCAAGCCAUGCAGGCGAUACAACCCAAUGUUGCCCCACCUGCAGCUGCUCUGGUUCAACUUCCUACGGCAGCCAUAGCAGCAGCUACACCUCUCAAACAGACUGAAAUGAUGCCAACCGAUGUUGUCGCACUUCAAAAGGGCGACAAUGCCAAUCCCGACAGCGCACAACAAGUCCAAUAACAACAGCACACCGAUUACAAUAAUGUCCAACAGCCAAUAAACGAUAGCAGUCUUCUUCUUCUUCUAUCGGUAUACGAUGGGAUAUAUCCAGUUCUAAACGCAUUAAAAUUAAGAAACAAUAUUUAUGUAAUGUAAAAAAAUCUAUGUAAAAAGCAAACAAAAAACGCAGGAAAAACCUAAAACACGUUAAUUCUAUAAAUAAAAUAAAUUCAACAUGUAUGUAUGUAUAUUUAUGCAAAUAUUUAA